ACGUGCUCCGCGGGCUGCCCUUUCCUGGAGAGGCCACGUGGGUGCCUUGCGGGUGGAUGUUUUGUAUCCAGCAUGGCAGAGAAGAGACCUUCGGGAGGACAGCAGCUUCUGUUGCUGUUGAUCAUCGCCGUGGCCUUCGUGCACCUAGCUGUCUGCCCGUUUGCAAAAGUGGAAGAGAGCUUCAAUCUUCAGGCCAUCCACGACAUCCUUUGCCACAAGCUGGACUUCGACAAGUAUGAUCACCACGAAUUUCCUGGCGUCGUCCCGAGGACGUUCCUUGGCCCGUUGUUUGUUGCGCUGCUUUCCAGCCCAGCCGUCUGUGUGCUGUCGCUGCUGCAAAUGUCUAAGUUUUACUCCCAGCUGAUAGUCCGAGGAAGCCUGGGGCUAUGCGUGAUUUAUGCCUUGUGGCGGUUGCACAAAGAAGUCAGAAAGCAGUUUGGUCCGACCGUCUCCAUGAUGUUCUGUCUCAUAACUGCGACGCAAUUCCACCUGAUGUUCUACUGCACUCGAACGCUCCCCAACGUGUUUGCACUACCCAUCGUUCUAUUGGCAGUUACGUUCUGGAUUCAGCAAAAACACCGCUUGUUCAUCUGUUUCUCGGCUUUGGCCAUUAUUGUCUUCAGAUCUGAGCUCUGCAUAUUCCUGGGUCUUAUGCUUUUGAUAACCCUAUUUAAUAAAAGGCUCUCCUUUGUGAAAAUGCUUUCCUAUAGCAUUCCUGCAGGGGCUCUCUGGCUAGGACUCACCGUAGCCUUGGAUUCCGUGUUGUGGAGGCAGCUUCUGUGGCCCGAGGGGAAAGUGCUUUGGUAUAACACCGUUUUAAAUAAAAGUUCCAACUGGGGAACUUCUCCUUUCUUGUGGUAUUUUUAUUCAGCCAUGCCUCGUGCCCUGGGUUGCAGUAUUAUAUUCAUACCGCUAGGUGCAGGAGAUAGAAGAACUCGAAUAUUACUUCUACCCACACUUGGCUUCAUUUUUCUGUAUUCCUUUCUCCCACACAAAGAACUGCGGUUUAUUAUAUACACUUUCCCAAUCUUCAAUAUUGUGGCUGCCAAAGGCUGCUCACGAAUUCUAAACAACUACAAGAAGUCUUGGUUGUAUAAGUUGGCAUCUCUCUUUGUUGCAGUACACCUUCUAGCUAAUGCUGUCUACUCGGGAGUAUCGCUGUAUGUUUCCCACUUCAAUUACCCUGGAGGAGUCGCCAUGCAGAAACUGCACCAGUUGGUGUCUCCAACAGCAGAUGUUUCCGUCCAUAUCGAUGCAGCUGCAGCGCAGACCGGAGUGUCUCGGUUUUUAGAAGUCAAUUCGCAUUGGAAGUAUGACAAACGGGAAGACCUCAUGCCAGGUGACCCACUCAUGUUUUCAUACACACAUAUACUUAUGGAGAUGAACCCUGUUCACUUGUCACAUUACAAGAAGACGCACAGAGUGCUGGCGCACAUACACGGGACCAGUGGGAUCGGAUUGAAUUUUACUGCGCUGCCUCCCGUUUCUUUGAACUUGAAAUCCAAAUUAGUAUUGCUGGAAAAGUUCCCCACGUCGGCCGGAACGUAACUUUGCAAACAAGCGCCGCGUACGUUUGCCAGAGAAGCGCUGUUGCGCCAGUUGCAAACUGGAACGCAGUGGCUGUGGAAGACUUGAGAGAACCCGCCCUGCUCCCCUUUCUUGCGAGAGGAUCGCAUAGACGUGCAUUUAUAUGUCAAUAGAUAUGGCACCAGCUAUAUAUGUAUUUCCACGCAACUGGAACCCGAUACAAAAUAAAUAAAUAAAAUCA